AUGGGCGAGACGUCGAGGAGACGGAUAUGUGGAUACAAAUUAGCCUUUCUGGGAUUCUGUGUUAUUGCCAGUGCAGCGUUCGCGCGUGCCGCUUCAGAUCCCCACGACCAAUCUAAUGACCAUACAGAUGGCGAGGCCGUUUUAGCUGAAGAAUCACCUGUAUACUAUGACAAAUCUCUGGAAGCAUCUAGCGCUUACAAAGAAGCCAUGCAAACUUUGCACUCCCUCUCACCCCCUUCGAAACCCGAUACUCCAUGGAAUCCUAAUCAGAACUCGCGAUCCUUCCUUUCCUACAUAUUCCCUAAUCCACAAGGCCCAAUCGCAUCAGCUAUACGGAUAAUUUACAAACUCAAAUCUCAUAACUGGAUUCCCAGAUGGCUUUCUGGAAAGUUUGAGGGUGUUGACCAAAACCAAAAUUCCAAGUGGGGCAUAUUUCGCUCUUCGUCUAAGGGUGUUGCCAGUGGAAAAGUGUUGAAGGUCAUUGAUUUGUUACAACAUUCUGCGGAUCUGGGAAACAUGGAUGCGGUCUUCACACUUGGCAGAAUAUCCCUCUUCCCUCCAUCACCACUCCCUGCCAAUGCAUCUCGAGCAUUCCAUGCUUUUCUGAAACACUCUCAUGCUACCGGGAAUGCAGCUUCACAAGCGUAUGUAGCAUUUUUCUACUCUACCGGCUACGAAAACGUUGUCCCAGUGGAUCAAGCGAAAGCCCUUCUCUAUUACACAUUUGCAGCGCAUGGUGGAAAUGAAGACGCGGAAAUGGCGCUCGGAUACCGCAAUUGGGCUGGCAUAGGUAUUAAGGAGGAUUGUAUGGUUGCAUUAGAAUGGUAUGAAGCUGCUGCAGAAUCCGCAAUGGCACAUUUCCUGUCAGGCCCUGCCGGCGGGCGGACUCUGCCUCGUACAUUUACGCGUAUUUCCGAUCUGCAGGGGGGUGUCUACGGCCCGGGCGCAAGUGUCGCUUCGACAGGGCCCAAUGUGCACCGGCCUGCCAUAAAAGCUUCAAAGUCUAAAGGUACCGGUGAGACAUGGGAAGAUCUUCUGGAAUUUUAUCAGUUCCACGCAGAUCGUGAGGAGCCCGAAUAUGCCCUUCACCUUGGUCGAAUAUACUACCAAGGCGGGAUCUACCAGGCUCCAGGAGGUAUUGCAUCUGGUACCGAGGGCGUUGGUGCCCUUUCUCGUGAUUUCGCCCGCGCCAGGCAUUACUUCUUGCAGGUGGCAAGACAAGUUUGGUUGCCACCCGUGAAGGGUAGCAACAAAAAGGAUGCCCAUCUACGGAAGAAGGAGAAUCUCGAUGACCACACACUUGUUUCAGCUUCCAUAGCGGCUGCUUACCUAGGGCGCAUGUAUCUUCGUGGCGAAGGCGUCAAAUAUGACCCACAGUCAGCCAAGAUGUGGUUUGAAAGGGGUGCAGAGUUUGGCGACAAAGAGUGCCAUAAUGGCCUGGGCAUUAUAUGGAGAGACGGGCUUGUUAACAGGAAAAUCGAUGAAAAGGUUGCCAAUGAGUGUUUUUUCGCCGCCGCAAGUCAGGAUCUUGCUGAAGCCCAAGUCAAUCUUGGGAAAUUCCAUUACAAUCAUCGUGAGCUUCCGUUGGCCCUGAAGUACUUUGAAGCAGCCAUCAGACAUGGAUCUCCUUUUGAGGCGUUCUACUAUAUCGCAUCUAUACACGCCAAACGCGCACAGGAUCGGAACUCGAUACCUUCCCUCCGCGCAGGGUCGUGCGGGGUCGCGGUUUCGUUCUUCAAACUGGUUGCUGAGCGGGGUUCCUGGAAGAACACACUGAUGAGCGAAGCAGAGUCACUCUGGCUGAGGGGGGGAGAUGCGGAUAAGGAGGCUGCUAGACUGAGAUGGUGGAUGGCGGCGGAGCAAGGAUUCGAGGUUGGGCAAAGUAACCUUGCUUACGUGCUGGAUCAGCAUAAGAGCUUCCUCCAGCUACCCAACUCCCGGAAACCGGAAAAUAACACUGCUCGCCUGGCGCUCGUCCAGUGGACGCGUUCGGCUGCCCAGCAUGACGUCGAUGCCCUAGUCAAGGUCGGUGACUACUAUUACCACGGCUUGGGAGUAAACGACGAGUCCGAGGAAUUGCGAUGGGAGAAGGCUGCUGGAUAUUAUCUCAGUGCUGUUGAAACUCAACGAAGCGCAUUAGCCAUGUGGAAUUUGGGAUGGAUGUAUGAGAACGGGAAAGGCGUUAACCAAGAUUUUCACCUCGCAAAACGUUAUUAUGAUAUGGCAUUGGAAACGAAUUCCGAGGCCUAUCUUCCAGUCGUUCUUUCGGUUGUUAAACUCUACACUCGAAGCCUUUGGCAUACUCUCGCAGGCGGUCGCGAUAAGGGACUAAUAUUGUGGGGAAAGGACAACACCGAGGAUGAUCAUUGGUAUCUUGGGAAAGCUCGAGAGGAGUUUGCCAAGCGCUGGCGAGGACGCAGAAUCCCAAACGGGAACAACAAUCGAGAAUCGCUGGAGGCGGAUGACCCAGUUCAAUGGGCGAAGGAUAAAAAAGAAGCCGACAUCGAGCGUGCACGCGCUGAAGAGGAAGCCUUUGAGAGAGGAGAUUUCUUUUCUGGAGAUUUUCUUGCUACCGGUGACCCUCGGCCUCGACGACACGAGGAUGCAGCGGAAGAGUUUUGGGAAACGAUGUUUCUGGUGCUCAUAUGCGUCAUGAUUUCGUGUUUGAUCUAUGUUCGCGGGCGAUAUGUCGCUCGAGCGGAGGCAGAACGGAGACGAAUUGCUCGCCAAAAUGCAGAAGCAGCUGGGGUUCCGGCAGUGGGGGGUACAGCGCAUCAGCGUGCGCAGGCGAUGGUGGAGAGGAGGUUGGAGGAGCAAAGAAGAGAACGAGAGCAAGUACAGGAGAGACAACCAGUGUUCCCACAUCCGGUCGAACCGAGUCCUCCGACAGGGUUGUUUGAGCCUGGAGAAGAACCACCAGACUACUGA